AUGGAAGCUAUUAGAGUGAAUAUUGAUCCUUGUGUGCAGCGUGAACCCGCGCCAAGUGAGUUUGUGUGUCCUGCCCAAGAAUGCCUUCGUACGAUUCCUGCUGAUCAAAAGCAAAACCAGAAGCUGAUCCGCGAACUGGCCGCUCUUCAUACAACCACAGAGCCUAAACUGAUCAUCGUUCCGCGUUUUUUCUUUUUUGUCAACAAUAUUUCUGGAGCACGGAUCAAGUAUCAACAUGGAUCUCGUGACAAGGGAACGUUUGUGAGCACGAAGCAAGAUGCAACGCAGUCCUCUCCCGUCAAUUGCCAAUUUGAAGAACCGAAAGUUCAUCGUUUUUCUUGUCCGUUCGAAGGGUGCACCUACUCAACGACACGAAACAGUGACCUCAAGGUGCAUAUCCGAACGCAUACGGGAGAAAAGCCGUAUAAGUGUACAUAUCCUGGUUGCAAUUACGCGUCAAUCACGAAGUCGAUUUUGAAGACUCACUUGCGAAUCCACACUGGCGAGAAGCCUCUUCGCUGCCCUUUUCCUGGCUGCUCUUACCGAUCUGCUAGCCAUAGUAAUCUAAAGGUGCAUAUCCGGACCCACACGGGAGAUAAGCCGUUUCGUUGUUCUUUCCCGAAUUGUUCGUUUGCUUCAAGUACGUCGAAUGAAUUAAAUCGACAUAUGAGAAUCCAUGUUGAAGAGAAAGCCUUUCAUUGUGAUGUGGCUGGCUGUGGAUUUGCUUGCAUUAGUCAAAGUGAGUUGCAGAGACAUAAGAAGAAGCACAACAUUUGA